UUCGUUAUUUCUGCUCAGCUGCCUACGCUAGCACGAAGCUGCAGUUUCAUCUUUAUGUGCUUCAGCCAUGGGCAGCCUGAAGAAGCUCUCAGUAAUCACCAUUGUCAUUCUCAUGCCUAUGUUCCUCUUCGUCACUGCAGAGGUCUACUUCGAGGAGAGAUUUGAUGAUGGAUGGGAGGAUCGCUGGAUAAAAUCAGAUUGGAAAAAGAGUGAUAACAUGUCAGGGGAAUGGAACCACACUGCUGGUAAAUGGAAUGGAGAUCCUCAAGACAAAGGUAUCCAAACUACUCAAGACUACAGGUACUAUGCCAUUUCAGCUGAGUUUCCAGAGUUCAGCAACAAGGACAAAACACUAGUUUUUCAAUUCUCAGUCAAACAUGAGCAGAAAUUGAACUGUGGUGGUGGCUACAUGAAGCUCAUUAAUGGUACAAUUAACCAACAAAUGUUUAGUAGUGACACCCCUUACAGUAUAAUGUUUGGGCCAGACAUCUGUGGAGAAAUCAACAAAAGAGUUCAUGUUAUUCUCUCACGAAAUGGGAAGAAUAAUAAGAUAAAAAAGGAGAUUUCAUAUCCUCAUGACCAACUCACUCAUCUGUACACCUUGAUAAUUAAACCAGAUGCUACAUAUAACAUCCUUAUUGAUAAUGAACAAAAGGAAUCUGGGAGUAUUUAUGAAGAUUGGGAUAUUCUUCCCCCAAAGCAGAUUAGGGAUCCUGACGCCAAAAAGCCUGAUGACUGGGAAGAUAAAGAGUUCAUACUCGAUGCCAACGAUAGCAAACCGGAGGGUUAUGAUAACAUUCUAGAAGAGAUUCCUGACCAGAAUGCCAGAAAGCCAGAGGAUUGGAAUACUGAAGAGAAGGGAGAGUGGAAAGCACCCAUGAUCCCAAAUCCUGAAUAUAAAGGACCAUGGAAACCAAAGAAAAUCAAGAAUCCUAAUUACAAAGGAAAAUGGAAGGCGCCUAUAAUUGACAAUCCUGAAUUUGUAGCUGAUCCAAAUAUCUAUGUUUAUCCUAACCUGAGAUAUGUGGGAAUUGAGUUGUGGCAAGUAAGAGCGGGGACAUUAUUUGAUAACAUUUUGAUUUGUGAUGAUCCUGAGUAUGCAAAAAAGGUUGCAGAAGAAACAUGGGGCGAGAUCAAAUAUGCAGAGAAAGUUGCAUUUGAUGAAGCAGAAAAACUAAGAAAAGAGGAGGAAAACAAACAACUUGGAACUCCAGUGAAUGAAGAUGAUGAUGAUGAUGAAGAACUAGAUACUGAAGAGCCUGACUGGGAAGCAAAAUUAAAAGAAGAGGAUGAAGGCAAACAUGAUGAGCUUUGACGCAAGUGUCACUAAGGAACAAAUAAAGAGUGAAGUCGAGUAUACAACAUGUUUGCUCAGUCCCACUUGUUUUGCAGUUCCAAAUUAUAAUUUAGUGGAUCUUUAUGAACAUUUUAUUGAAGUAAUUGAAUAAGUGUUGUUUUAUCCA